CCUGUAAGGCGGCCUGGAUUAGGUAUUUAAUGAAAUCAACAUGGUAGUUCGAAUAUAGGUUGUAGCGUGCCAUGCCUCCUCGUUGGAAAUUAAGGACAUAGUACUCUUGCUAGGACGCUUCGUCAUAAUGCUAGACGAUUCUCUACAGGAAUUGUAUCGACAGCCAGCAUAUCCAUAUCGAAAGUUAGAGGGAUCAGAUAUUCGGCUACUCCGUAUCUUACCAAGAACCGAAACCGACGAUAUUGAAUGUCUUCUUCAUCAGAUCCCUAUCGAGGAAGCGGGAGACUUUCACUCCUUGUCUUAUGUAUGGGGCGAUGUGACGGAUCGGUGUACUAUCACCCUUGAAAAUCAGCCUUUCGAGGUUACAAGAAGUUUAUUUGAGGCUCUCGAUCAGUUGAGAGAGUGUCCCCCUGACUUCGACUCCCUCGAAGAAUACUUCUGGAUUGAUGCUAUAUGUAUCAACCAAGAAGAUAUAGACGAAAGGUCCCAACAAGUGCAACGCAUGAUUGACAUAUAUAAUGGAUCGCAUACUAUUAUAUGGCUCGGGCCUAUAGUUUCACUAUCUGCGGAUGGGCCUUCCAGUUGCUCGCCCGAACAUCAAAUGUCAUCAGAAGAAGCAUUCGAGUUUUUAUUCAAGAAGAUAAAUUCGAUGGGGGAUGAAUGGGAGCCUGUGGGCGAGAACAAUAAGUUGGUCAUAAAUAGAUGCCUCGGCCGUGCAUACAAGGCGGUCCUGGAUAUAAUGACGGAAAUCUUGCACCGGCCGUGGUUUGGGAGAAUAUGGACGCUUCAGGAAGCCUGCUUAGACUCCUGGCUGACCGUCCAUCUUGGACCUUACAGCACAUCCCUGUAUCGUUUCCUGGAGUUUACUGAAUACUUUGCGCUACGUAACAGGGUUCUUUACCUCAGUCCAGGAGUCCAGAGAGUCCUCGCUAUACAGAAUAUGAAUGAGUUACUCGCAACGAUUAGGUCGAGCGACGGCGAUGGGCUGAAGGUAGGCGAAGUCUUGACCAAAAUAUUGGGGAUCGCAGGCGCCGCGAAGUCUACGGAUCCUCGAGAUCAGAUCUACGGUUUAUUAAGCAUGCUUAAAUAUAUGAGAGGAGGAGACCUCCCCGAUGAUCUAUCGCCAAACUACCAUAUGUCCUACACGGAGACUUAUUGGAACUAUGCUGCUUUUCUCUUUCAAUCAACCGGGGAUUUGCAUUUACUUAAGUGUAGGCGCAACGAGCUUCACGAUGUACCCUCCUGGGUACCUGAUUUCCGUUACCUAUCUGCGGGACCUUCAAUACCUGACCCAUCUGUAUACGUGACACCCGACAAAAAGGUUUUGCAUUUACAGGGCCACAUACUGGGCACAUUCCGCUGUGUCUUCCCUAGAGUUGACCCCGAAGGGAUGAUGCCGCGCCGCGCGAAGAUACCGUUGGAGUUAACGAAUCAUUUAAGAGCUUUCGAGGAGCAAAUCCUUAAACCGUCGGCACUUGCGAGAGAGAUAACGAUCGAAGAGGCUUUCAACAAUAUGAUGGAAUUUGCGACCAAGAUUUUACCUGUGAAGAGCACUGCAUCAUCAUUCUACGAAGUAUACAGCACUCUACGCGAUUCAAUUAGGACUAGAAGGUCAAGAACAGCAAAGAAAAAGAGGACGAGAAACAUAGUUUUCAAGGAACAAACUAUAGUCGACCAUUUCACAUUUCACUACUUAUUACUUCACGAUGGAACGAUUCUCGUAUCCACUAGGGAGGAUAUUGAAGUGAAAACUGGUGAUUUAAUAUGCAUAUUCAAGGGUUCUGGCAAACCAGGCUUACUGCGUGCCUGUGGCGAAAACUUCAUCUUUCUAGGCAUGUGUAUCAUACGAGGCGGUCCUCUUGAGAAGAAAUUGGAUGACGAUUUUUGGGCUACUGCGGAUAUACAGGAUAUUAAGUUGGUAUAGCGAAGUGAUAGGGAUGAAUGGGGAUAUAACAUCUAUCACUCUAUCUAUGUUGUCAUUCAUAGCCUGCAGACUGGUGAAAACCAUACUGGAAAGCUGACCCCGAAGAUGCUAUCGCACAAAGCUUUUGGUUAGAAAGGAGUGAACCUAGAGGACAUUAUCAACCUGGUAGGGUCGACAGAGGAUGGUAUGAUGGAAGAUGAGCUCUAAAAGUAUUAAUAUUUUAUGCUUUCAAUGCCUGCCUGACCGUAAUAGCGACAAUUAAAAAAUUUCACGAAGAAUAUCCA